AUGAACUCAGAGCUCAGGGACGUCCUGGUGCUACUGCCUACCUGGGAACAACUGCGGCUGUCGGUGCAGGUCACAGCCUCAGGACAAGAGCUCUUUCAGCAGGUGUGUGACAUGGCAUGCAUGAAAGAAGCUCACUUCUUUGGCCUCAGUGUGCUCAGGGAUAAUGAGUAUGUGUUCAUGGACUUGAAACAAAAGCUCAGCAAGUACUUUUCGAAGGACUGGAAGACAGACAGACACAAAGAGGAAAAGAGACCCAGGGCGCCCUUUAUCGUCUUCUUCAGAGUGCAGUUUUACGUGGAAAACGGGAGGCUGAUAAGGGACAAGACAGCCCGAUACAUGUACUACUGCCACCUGAAGGAACAGGUACUGAGGUCUAGGUGCAUGCACAGAGAGGAGGUCUACUUUCUGCUGGCCGCCUGUGGGUUACAGGCUGACCUGGGCAACCACCAGGAGUCAGUCCAUGUGGGCAGGUACUUCAAGCCACACGCCUAUUUCCCACAGUGGAUUAUCAGCAAGAGAGGAGUUGACUACAUCCUAAGGCAUGUGCCUGCCAUCCACCAUGAGCAGCAGGGUCUGACUCCACAUGAGGCAGUGCUACGUUUCAUCAGAGAUGCCUGUCAACUUGAGGAUGUUCCUGUCCACUUCUUCAGGCUGUACAAGGAAAAGAAGGAGGAUCACCCUACUGUUCUCCUGGGACUCACUCUGAAGGGAGUAACCAUCUAUCAAGGGAAGAAGCUGGAAAUCCAGCCAGAAGGGCUUCUGGCAACACAGAAGCUGCUGUUCUACACGGGCCAUGCCUGGCGCUCCCAUUACCUGCUGCAACAGCUUAGUACCACCCACCAGCUCCACCUCAGCUUGCAGCCUGUGCUGCAGGGGCUACAGCAGCUGGAGGAGGCAGAGAAGAAGAAGAGCUACCGGGAAUGCUACAUCAGUGACCUGCUGGAGCUGGAACCCUGCAGCAGAACCUCCCUGGGCAAGGAGGACAAGAAGAGAAGCAGACAACAUCUCCUCCAUUGCCUCUCACUGUUUCCCAAAAGCCCUGGCAGCUCCCACGCAGGGUGCAUCAAGCCUAACUCCCAGCAGGGAGAGCUUGAGAUGUCUGUGGAUGAGCCCACAGGAUCUGACCUCUACUGGCACAGGAAGUCCACUUUUGCCGGACCUCCAUUUUCAGAUCGUUACACAAUCUCAGGAACUAAACUGUUGCUGGACCUCAACAAUUUCAGGACUGGCAACCUGGAAGGACCUGUGCUGUACAAGCAUGUCCACUAUUGCAGUGCCUACACUGUCUCAGGACAUCCACUGUUGCAGUUCCUCUACUGGUGA